UACUCAAAAGAGGAAUGGAAGGAAAAUCACCACAAUGAAUGACAUAUUCUCAAGGAAACCUGAGAUGCCCAAAAUCAAAAUUACAGCCAAUGAUCUUGGGCAGCCUGUAGGAGAAAAUUAUAGGCAAUUUGCUAGUGCCAUUGGUUGUCAAGUGAGAAAGACAAUACCAGUUCGAUUUAAGGAUUGGAGGCUUGUUCCUAUGCAAUGAAGGAUCAAGUUUGGAAGGACAUGCAGGCGUACUAUGAUAUGGAUGAGGCUGUCAAGAAAUGGUUUAUGGAUACUGCUGCAACAAAGUGGAAGGACCGCAAGACACGCUUAAAACAGAAGUAUUUUGAUGAAACAUUAACAGAUGUGCAAAUGAAGGAAAAACUUAAAAAUAUAUUAAAUGUCGCUGACAUGAAUGAGCUGAUUGAGUUUUGGAGGUCUCCGGAAUUUCAAGCUCGCAGUGAAAGAGGAAAAGCAAAUCGUGCAAAGUUGAGGGUUCAUCAUACUUCUGGAAGCAUUAGCUAUGCUUGUCGUAGUUAUAAUCUGGGUAAAGCACUUGGACGCCCCCCUCGAAGAGAUGAAGUGUACAUCAAUACACAUACAAGGAAAAAUGGAGUACCUUUAAGGGAGGCAGCAGGAACGAUUGAUAAGCUUAAAGCCAUUGUUGAAGCUCAACCAGAGUUGAAGGGUAAAACAAUUCAAGAAGGCGAUGUGUAUGCUGCUGUUUGUGGAGCAAAGGAGCCAAGAGGACGUGUUCGUGUUUUGGGUCUGGGACCAACUCCACAAGAGAUUGGUAUCCCAGGGCUGAAAGGACUCAUGUCACAAGGCUGCAAAUGGAAAUUUGGGAUCGACACAAAGCUGAAAGUAUGAAUAGAGCUCUUGAGCAACGUGUUCAGGAAUUGGAAGAGGAAAGGAUAGCACAAGGAAGGACAAGUGUUGAUGUCCUAUCACAGCAUGGCUCUAAUUUACGACAGUAUGUGAUUCCAACACCUGAAGGACCUACCGAUGAGGCACAUAAUGUUGCUCGGCUUGAAGAAUAUGAAAAUUAUUAUGUAGAGAAUGAAGGCUAUGAUCAGUAUGAAGAGGAGGAUGAGAACUUGCUGCCUAAUAGGCGCGCUCCAGCCCGAUCAACUUUGAACAUUACAAAUGAUACACAUGUUGACAUGCAAGAGAGGUUGCCCCACUCUAGGCCUGCUGUAGCCGGAUCAGCUAGAAACAUGGUUACUGCACCACCAAGUGAUAUCCCUCAACUUCAUCAUCACUUUGCAAAUGAUACACAUGUUGCAACAGAAGAGAGCUUGGUGGCCCCUAGGCCUUUUGUAGCCCGGUCAACAGAAGAUAGCUUGCUGCCCCCUAGGCCUGUGGCAGCUCGAUCAGCAGAAGAGAACUUGCUGCCCCCUAGGCCUGUUGCGGCCCGACUAACAAAAGAGAGCUUGCUGCCCCCUAGGCCUGCUGCAAAUGAUAAACAUGUUGGGACUGACAAAAGCUUGCUCCCUCAUAGACAUGAUGCAGCCCAUUCACCUAUAAACAAGACAACUACAGCAACAAAUGAUGUCCCUCGCCUUCAUGAUGACCUUGUUGGAAAGGAUGUGAUAUUAUAUACUAUAUUGAGAUCUGAGUUACCUGUGGCUAAGGGGACAGUCAUUUCAACUAAUCCAAACACUAUUGUAGGAGGGCAGCCUCUUGGUAAUGAAUAUUGUGAAGUAGUAGUCGAUGUUGUGAUGAAAAGAGAUGCUAUGCUGCCUCGGACUUAUGGCGGGAUGCUGACUAUGGCUAGUGCUCUCAACAUGAGCAUUGCAUGGCCAUUCAAUAAAGUAAAGGAAUGCAGGAAGAGGGAAGGCAAGAAGGCAUCUAGUACACCUCUCAAGGGCACAGCAGGAAGUGCUGGCCACAAGUCUGUCAGUUGAGUGUAUGGAAAAUGAAUCACAUAACCUGGUGGAUGUGCUUUUGGCUCUUUUCAGUUCCUAUAAUGGACCUGGUGGAUGUGCUUUUGCCUUUUUAUUAUGUGCACAAACCUUAGUAUAGCAAACACAAACUAGUAUAUUGCUUGCUAGUGUGCAUUCAUGUAAGCUUUUGGUAGGCGACUAUGACAAGGUUGUAUGUCAAGACUUUGUUGGAUGAUGUAGUGUGCAAGACACCAUCGUAUCGUAAUUCUAUUGACCUUCAUGUGAUG